AUGUCAGCCAUUAUGUGGUGCGCUAGUCUGAUGGUUUGCGUCUCAGCUUUGGUGACAUGUGCGAGCACAGCAGGUAUUUUGUACCCACGAGAGUCCGAAUCUCGGGAAGUCAAAUCGCUGGAUGGCAUGUGGAAUUUCAGGCUAUCUCUUCCCGACCCCCUCGUCGGUUUCAAGGAACGCUGGUACAUGAAAGACUUAAGCAAGACUGGUCCAGUGAUCCAAAUGCCGGUGCCCAGUAGUUACAACGACGUGAUGGUGGACAAGAAAAUCAGAGACCACGUGGGUUUGGUUUGGUACGAUAAAUCGUUUUUCGUGCCUGAAUCAUGGAGGCAGCAGGGUUAUAGAGUUUUCUUAAGAUUUGGCAGUGUUAAUUACGCAGCUCAAGUAUGGGUGAAUACACAUUUAGUACUCAAUCACGAAAUUGGACAUUUGCCUUUUCAAAGAGACAUAACAGCUAAUCUAAAGUUUGGACGGCUGAAUAGAAUAACCGUAGCCGUGGAUAACGUUUUAUUAGCAACGACUGUGCCACAAGGAUCUUUACAAAACAUUAGCACAAAUACUGGACCUAAGACCAUACAAACGUAUACGUUUGACUUCUUCAACUAUGCCGGUAUACAUAGGUCCGUGUUUUUGUACACAACACCUAUUGUGUACAUCGACGAUGUUGACGUGACGACCAAUUACACCGAGGAUGGCGUAGGUCUUAUUAAGUACAAAAUACAAUAUGGAGGAUCGCUGAGCAGUGGCGAGACGUUAAAUUGUUCCAUAACAGUGCUGAACAAUGAAAACGUGCGAGAAAAAUUCACCGUGAUCGCCGACGACGAAGAAGGUCUGUCGGGAAUCAUAAAAAUCGAAAACGCGAAACUUUGGUGGCCGUAUUUGAUGCACGAAGAACCGGGAUACAUGUACACGUUGGAGAUCCGGCUUUCGAACACUUGGAAUUUGGACGACGUAUACCGAUUACCGGUCGGGAUCAGGACGAUCAAGUGGACGAAUACGGCGUUCCUCAUAAACAACAAACCGGCGUACUUGAGAGGGUUUGGGCGACACGAAGAUUCAGAUAUACGAGGGAAAGGAAUGGAUUACGCGCUGGUGACCAGAGACUACGACCUCAUCAAGUGGAUCGGAGCAAAUUCUUACAGGACGUCCCACUACCCAUACGCCGAAGAAAUCAUGGACUUUGCAGACAGACACGGCAUAAUGAUCGUAGACGAAUGUCCUAGUGUUGACACCGAUAAUUAUUCUGAUAAACUAUUGAAGAAACAUACUACGAGCUUAGCGGAACUCAUCAAGAGGGACAAAAAUAGACCUAGUGUGAUCAUGUGGUCCAUUGCAAACGAGCCACGAUCGAAUCACAAAGAAGCCGAUUCCUAUUUCAAAUCUGUAGCUAUUUUUGUCAAAACCUUAGACGUUUUGCGGCCCAUAACAGCUGCUAUUGCGACAGACCUUGAUACUGACCUACUGGCUCAGCACUUAGACAUCAUCGGUUUCAAUAGGUACAAUGCUUGGUACACAUUACCCGGUCACACGGAGAUCAUCCAGAGCCGGAUAGAAGAUGAAGCAGCCAAAUGGCACGCCAAACACAACAAGCCGGUUUUCAUGACGGAAUACGGUGCUGACUCGUAUGCCGGUUUGCAUAUGAAUCCUUCGUUCGUUUGGUCUGAAGAAUAUCAGGUAGAACUGAUGUCCGAACACUUCAAAGCGUUCGAUACACUCCGAACUAAAAACUUCUUCAUCGGCGAAAUGAUAUGGAAUUUCGCGGACUUUAAAACCGAACAAACUGUUACAAGGGUAGGAGGGAACAAGAAAGGCGUUUUUACGCGACAGCGAGAGCCUAAAUCGUCAGCAUAUCAUCUGAGGAAAAGGUACUGGGCAUUGGCCAAUCAAUUGGACGGUGUACAAUUACCUUGCAACAUUAAAUCGUAUGUGAUAGAUAGCGACAGACAAAAUAAUGUUGAACUUUAA